AAGACUUUAUAAGUUGCACCGCCCCUUGUGCAUCAUUCAAAUACGCUUAUGUAGGUUCUUUAAAAUCCUGCUUCCAGUCAUACCUCCGUCCAUCCUUUCCUCUCAGCUGGAUGAGCUCCAUGAUGGGCCUCUUGGCUUCCCAGAAAAUGGUGACAGUAUAAUUAUGACAGUAUAAUUUAGGUUUUCAGGGAUUGUCCAGGAUGUCUUCAUAUGGCGGCUUCUGAAGCUCUUUACGGCUUCUUUCUCGUGGGCCUUUCAGGAGCAACCCGUGCCACCAAAGUACCAGUACAGAGAUCCAGUGACAUCACAGGUCCAUUCUUGUGACCAGUGCCCCCCGGGUACAUUUGUCAAACGACACUGCACCGCUGACAUGCCAACCGAAUGCCAGCCCUGUCCUGAGAGGCAUUUUGCUGAGAACUGGCACUGGGGGGAUACAUGCCAGUACUGUACCUCAGUGUGUAAGGAGAGGCAGCUGGUGAAGCAGCAGUGCAACAGGACGCACGACCAGCUCUGUGAAUGUGUACCUGGAUACCAUCUAGUGGUGGAAUUCUGCAUUGCACACAGUACCUGUCAGCCUGGAUACGGAGUCACAGUGUUGGGCACACCUGAAAGUGACACUGUGUGUGAACACUGUCCAGAUGGUUAUUUCUCUGUUGGCGGCUCCUCCACGUGUCAGCCGCACAGACUCUGUGCUGAUUUUGGCAUGAAGACUCUGCGAUGGGGAACAUCCACUUCAGACAGCCUGUGUGGCUCUCCUGACAUCAAGGACUGCUCCCAGCAUCACACUCUGUGCCAUAAUGAUGUGACUCUGUGUGAAGAAGCAGUCUUCCAGUCUCUGGCGUCACUGCGACUGUCCUCGGUGCCUCUGGAGCGAAUCCUGGAGAAUCUCCCUGGACAGAAGGUUGAUCUCAAGAGCCUGGAGAGGCUGAAGAAGGCAUGCUCUCCUCAGCAGCAGGUCCUGCACUUGCUGAGGCUAUGGAGAGAGCAGAACAAGGACAAGUUGUACGGGAUCAUACAAGGUGUGAACCACUGUGAGCGAAAAGUCUCCCGCUGCAACUCUCUAAAGAACCUGACCAUAGACGACCUCAUGAAAGUGACCAACAGCUUGCCGGGAGUAAAAGUCCUGGAGCAGGAUGUGAAGGCCGUGGUUUCCACCUGCCUGCCCCGGCAGUACCUCCUGCAGAUCCUCCACCUGUGGAAAUCUGCAAACUACAACCUGGAUCUAGCCAAAGGUCUGACUCGUAGUCUGAGGGUGCUGCGCAGCCAGGAAGCGCCGCGGUAUCUCGUGAAAAGCCUCAAGAAAAUCAACCGCAUCAUAGGAACCACGUCAGCGCACAAGAAGUACGAGAAGAUGUUCAUGAGCAUGUUUCAAGAUGAGUCGUGCUUUAAAGCUCAUAAGCAGCUAAACGAAUGAGGUCGUGAGAUGCGCAAAACAUGAAACUAUGCAGCCGACAGCAUUUCAAAAACACAAAUGCAUUAUCCGACACGUGAAAAGAAUACAUAAGAAGCAAAAGGACACAGCAGCCAUUGGACAGAGAAAAAGUCAUUUGUGAGAGAACGGUGUGGAUGAGGAAAUACCAAGCAAAGCACAUUGAGUACAGAGGAAUAAGGAAAGCUUACAAAACGUAAAUUUUUUGUUGAUCUACAAAUAACCUGCAAAAUAUUGUCAUCCAGGAUCUAAAGUCUCAAUGUGUAGGGAUGAAUCUAAUUAGCCUGAAACAGGAAGAAAAGAACUCCCAUAACUAAUGUGUUCUCACAUCUGUUUUCUAGAAAUAUUUUUUAUUUUACAAGUCUGUUAAAAAUUAAGAUCUACUUAAGAUGUAAACAAGAGGCUGCUUCACACACAAAAAAGGCUGGAGAUUCUGAUUUGUACUAUUAGAGCUUUCUCGCUGUUUGAGAGCAAGAAUUUGAUUUCAUAAUGAAAUACAUUUAUUUUCCUCAGCUGUCCAUUUUUAUUUGUUCUGGACUGCUACUAAGUAAAGCUGGUUUGUUUUACAUUUCUUUUUUCUUUUUUUUUUUGGUCAGUUAUAUGAAUGUAUAAAGGAGUGCAAUUGAGUGUUUUCUUUAUUUAAAGUGUAAUUUUACUUUCUUAAAGUGUAAAAGCUUGUUUUUAUUAUUUUUAUCAUAAAUACUGGAUUUCUGAAAUGCUGCAAGUCCCUGAAGUGAUAUUUUUUUAUAUUUUGUUUUGUCACUUUUAUAUUGGAAGUUGAUGGUCUGUGUUGUAUAUAUAUGUAUAUGCCUCCCUGUUUCUCUUUAAGCUUGUGUAACUAAGUUGUGAAGAUUUUAUAAAACUCUGACGACAAUCAGUUUGUAAAAAAAAAGUCUUGUUUUAUUAUAAAAAAAAGCAUUGAACAGAAAACAAAUUACCUGUCUUUGCUUUUCUGUUAUCAACUAAAAGCCUGACGUUUUAUCUAUUUCUUUGAUCUAUUUCUUUACUUUCAGCUUCUGUGUUUCUCUUCUGAUUUCACAUUAGUAAAAAGACCAAAACCUGUUAGACUGUCACAUGCUUCAAUUGCUCUGUGGCCUGGAUUUACAACAAACAAACCUACCUUGGUUACAAGCGAGAGAAGUGAAAGAACACUUUAAAGUGAACCCAGAAGAACCUACCAGGAACAGAAGAGGUGGUUGAAGGUUUUGUCUUCCUAACAUCUACAGCAACAUUACAGUAAUUAAAUCCACCACCCCACUCAGUUCUACAGAAACUCACACCCAGACACAUGCAACCAAAACCGCGCGCAAGCUGAUAUUAUUGGAGAUUUGUUAAGGUCAUCAAUGUCAUCAACACUAACAGAGAGUUGAAUAGAGCCUCCAUUGUGUGUCAGCUCAGGAACCCCAAACUGAUGGAGAGCGAAGCCCCAACAACACUGCUCAGAGAAAUAGAAGGAAAAACUCCACGUCAAUCACACUGCUAUGGGGUUCCUGUCAGGACCUUGUGUUGUUUUGGGAUUUGUUCAUUAUUCUGUUUUUUUUAGCUUCUUAUUUUGAUUAGAUAAACCUUGUUUCUGUUUCAUUUUAGUUCAGUCUUGAGUUAGUAAUUCCAGUUCAUUAUUUGUUUUGUCCUUGUGUCUAGUUAUUCUUAGUUCCCGUUGUGUCUCCCUCGCCCCCUGUGCCUUGUUAUCGUUCUCUCCUUGUCUUCAUUUCCUUGCCUUCCUGGCUCCUGCUCUUUGUCUUUUUCUCUGGCUGAUUGAAUGUUUUGUUUCUUCAUAAUUUUUUUUUGUUAUACCUUCUCUGCAUCUCUGCAUAUGAGUCCACUUAAAACAUGACACUUCCAUGUUGUGUGGAAGUGUCAAUGUAAAAGAUGUGAUUAGACCACAUCUUCCAGCAUUAUUUGUUUUGCAAAAAUCACUCUCUCUCUCUUUCUCUCUCUCUGUGUCUCUCUUCCUCCCAAUACAUCAGAACUUAUCAGAUAAGAACUGAAUCCUUUAUAAAUGGACCUGGGAAGAAAAAAAAAGCCUUUUCUUUUAGACUCAACUUCCAACAAAGACAGUUCCGGCCCUCUUUUGUUGUUUGAAAGAAGGACCGUCAAAACCUUCGAAAAGUACCCUGGAGAAGUUUUAAAGAAACCCCUACGUGUGUCCAGCUUUUUAAAGUUCUUGCAUCAUCCAGAGCUGAGAUCCAGGAGAUUUGCACCGUGUCCAGCACACUGCAGAAGCCCCUGGAAAAGGAGCCUAAGUGCACAGAGCCAGUCAGCAAUUCUUCCAGCUAUUGAUCCUUCUCUUGGACUGGUCCCUGGAUAUUAUCUCUGAAUCUGAGUGAGCCUGAUCAACUCUCAAAAAUAAGGUCAGAGCUUAAGUGAUUUGCAUUUUGUGCAGAGUUGAAAGAAUCCUUCAUUCUUGUGAAGCUCCUCUUUCUCUUUCCUCUUGCCAUCAUCAAUUUUCAUUUUAUUUUACGGAGACCAAAGUCAAGAUCCUUGGUAUAAUUUAAGAUUAUGCCUGAGUUUAUGAGUUUAUGGUCAAGUUUUAUGACUCUUUGUUGCAAAGUCUCAGACUUGCCCACCAAGUCUCAGACUUGGUAUCUCUCUUGUGUUACUGUCUUUAGUAGCAUCGUAGCUCUGAUUAAUUUUGUUUAAUUAAUCAAUUUCUUUUGAAAUUAUUAUUCAGUGUUCCACUUAAUUUUGCCAUGGUUUGUUCGUUGAUCUGAUUUGAUCCCUAUUUGGUCAUUUGGUAUAUACACGCAUUCCUAUAUUCUUUUCCCGUCAGAAAAGUUUGGAUGUUGAC